ACCGACACCUUUCCUAUGGCGGCGCUUAGUUUACAAUUCUACCGCCCAACUUGCUUAUAUAACGACGGGUCUCCUUUGAAAGCAGUGGCAAAUUCAAGGCACUACGGCAUGUGUGCGAGGGUGAGAGGUGAGGAGGGAGGGAGAGAGGUGGUGCAUGAAGGAGCUGGAACAGCGGCAGAGAUGCGGCCGGUGUUUUCCGGGCACAGUAGAGAGGUAGAGACAUCAGUGAUGGUGUCCGCACUUACACGCGUGGUGUCUGGAGAGGUGACUCAAGAUUUGGUUAGUCAGUCGGUUGUUAGUGGCGGCGGUGGAAGUAGUUCAUCAUCUGCUUCUAUGAGGGGUGUUGGAGAGAAGAGAGGACGCGAAGAGGAGGAUAAUGGAAGCUUCUCUGAAAGACUAUUUGCAAGAGCUUCUACAGCACAAGGAGACUUUCCAGUUGGUGGUUCAUCAUCCAGUUUGAAAGAAGGCUCAAGUAGCAGGCCAAGCAUGACUGCAGGAGCACAAACUGCUUACACAUACACUUCCACACAACAAAACACUGAAUCCCAUGGAGAAGAGCCAAACAGAAAAUACAGAGGAGUGAGAAAGAGGCCUUGGGGAAAAUGGGCAGCUGAAAUCAGAAACCCCUUUAAGGCAGCUAGGGUUUGGUUAGGCACUUUUGACACUGCCGAGGCUGCCGCUCGAGCAUACGACCAAGCAGCUCUCAAUUUCAGAGGCAAUAAGGCCAAGCUCAACUUCCCUGAAAAUGUCAGUCUCCGGCCAUCUCCGGCGGAAUUUCCGGUGACCCAGUUGGCCACUUCUGAUCCUUCAAGUACACUUUUCGCCGUUUCAACAUCAAGUGAGCCAAUUAUUCAGAAUAAUGAGAGUUACAGAGAAGCAGCUCUCUGUUUCAGAGGCAAUACGGCCAAGCUAAACUCCCCUGAAAGUGCGAGUCUCCGGCCAUCUCCGGCUGGUUUCUCAGCAACCCAGUUAGCUAUUUCUGAUCCUUCAAAAACCAUUUUCUCCGAUUUGACAUCAUGUGAACCAAUUGACCCUUCUCAGCCUCCUCACCAUUUGCAGAGCUACUUGGAUUACAUAGAUUGCAUGAAUUCAAUGGAGUUUCAAAGAGAGCGGACGAAUUUUUGUGAUGAAACACUACAGCCAUCUUCAAUGGCUGCUCGAUUUCAAUCAUCUUCUCCAUCUUCUUCCUCUCUUGGGUACUCUGUCUCGUCAUCAUCUUCUUCACCACCACCACCUUCUUUUCCUCUGUUUUUUCCAGCCCCACCCGCAGUUCAACACCCACAAGACGCCGGUCAGAGCAGUGAUGCAGAUUUUCCGGUGACAACGUGGUCAAAUUUCGGUCAUCCUCCUCCUCCAUAUUGAUUUUUGAUACGUAGGUUUUCGGUUUUCUUAUUUUGCAGCUAUUUUGAAGUUAAUUAGUAUUACUGGAGUAUUAUUUUUGAGAAUAAAUUCUUUACACUGCCGGUGUAAACAUUUGUUUCUUUUAAAUUAAUUGCAUUGCGUUACAUCGCCAUGUUUAAUUAAUUGAGAAAGAAUUUAUUCUCAUUAUUUUUACUUCUUAACGAUUGCUGCGAUAGACUUCUACUCCAUAAAGACUAGGAUGAAUUUUGCAUGUUACUUUUGAACCAAAGGGCAGCAGAACAUGUUUAUGUACUUUUAAAAAAAAAAUACUAAAAGAAGUGGUAUUAGCUUGGAUGUCAAGUGUUGGAUCCACCGUCAAAUGCGGUUUAAGUAGCUGGUAUCUGUAAUUGCUUUAGAAGUUCUGGAAACCUUGCGAAAGUUUCUACACUUAUACACAUGCACAAAAUGAGAAUAUAAAUAAAAAGGGAGAAAUGGUAUUUAUUACUACUUUACAAUCCAUCUCUUUCACUUUCUUUUUUCACCUUUCACGAGGAGAGCGAAUAAGUAAAAGUGGAGGCUGAAUGUACCGUACCCUGCUAUGGAUAUGCAUCUCUCUCAAAAAGAUGCAUGUAUAACCGGACAUAAUAACAUCAGAUGUGUAACCUAAAUAAGACGGGUGACCAAAAGAGUAAAUAAGAGAGGGAACCAAAGGAGCCUUCAAGGAGAUGCUGGAUAAUCGCAAUGGAAGUGGCCUUUGGACAAUAAGGGAGCUCAUCUCCAAACUUGGCAAAAAAAGGUGAGAAAUUGGAAACUUAUAUGAAACACAUGGAAUCCAAAAGCUGAUGAGGAAAUUUUUACAAAUUGCCACUCCCAUGUUCUGUUCGGCAGAUAACAUAGUAAACACAUACACAAAACUCAAGCUAAGCUGGCAAAAAACCAUUGCCAAAGCUCAAUCUGGAGGCAUAUAACAAAAGUUAAACAUGGAUACCAAGAGGAUAAAAUUAAGCAACUUCCAUACCCAACCAUUCCGCUGUUCUUACAAAGUGCGCAGGUAAUCACAAAGCGUUUAUGACAUUGAAAGAGUAAUCUUUGUGAAUAAGUCCCAACAGCACUACCACCUAAUAAAGGAACUGACUCACUCUCCAUCAGCUCCAUCACCACCAUUUGACUGCCCGGAUUCCGAACAGUUUUUACACCUUUCAAGACGAGCUACCAUCAACUCAUGCCUUAGGGUAUGUACCUCUGUCCGAAACUCAGC